CAUGUCUUUCCCCGAGACCCCACCUCUUCCGGUUGACCUGGAGGGAAGUGAAGAGGUGUGUAGUAGGCGGUGGCAUUCUCAAGAUGGCUGCCCCCGCUGUUUUGCCGUUAAUGGAGAAGCCGAGCCACAAGAAGUACCGAGCUGCUCUGAAGAAAGAGAAACGCCGCAGACGGCGACAGGAACGGGCUCGGUUGAGAGAUUCAGGACUGUCACAGAAAGAUGAAGAAGAAGAAGAAUCUAUUGUUGAACAAAUGGAAGAAGAGGAAAAACAGUUAGAAGCUGAAAGGCAAAAGUUACAUGAGGAGUGGUUGCUGAGGGAACAGAAGGCUCAAGAAGAAUUUAAACUUAAGAAGGAAAAGGAAGAGGCAGCAAAAAGGCGUCAAGAAGAAGAAGAGAGAAAGAUCAAAGAAGAAUGGGAAGAACAGCAAAGGAAAGAGAAACAAGAAGAAGAACAGAGACAACAGGAGAAGAGAGACAGAGAGGAAGCUGUGCAGAAGAUGCUGGAUCAGGCUGAAAGUCAGCUGGAAAAUGGUGUCACGUGGCAUAAUCCAGAACCACCAGUGGAUUUAAGAGCGACAGAGAAAGAUCAAGCUAAUUGUCCAUUCUACAUUAAGACAGGAUCUUGCCGAUUUGGAGAUAGGUGUUCACGUAAGCACAAUUACCCAACAUCUAGUCAAACUCUCCUUAUUAGAAGUAUGUUUAUAACAUUUGGAAUGGAACAAUGCAGAAGAGAUGACUAUGAUACAGAUGCAAGUCUGGAGUACAGUGAGGAGGAAACCUAUCAGCAAUUUUUAGAUUUCUAUGAAGAUGUACUCCCAGAAUUCAAGAAUGUGGGGAAAGUUAUUCAGUUCAAGGUCAGCUGCAACUUUGAACCUCAUCUUAGAGGAAAUGUAUAUGUGCAGUAUCAGUCGGAGGAAGAAUGUCAAGCAGCAUUCUCUCUAUUCAAUGGACGAUGGUAUGCAGGAAGACAGCUUCAGUGUGAAUUCUCACCAGUAACACGGUGGAAAAUGGCUAUUUGUGGUUUAUUUGGAAGACAAAAGUGUCCAAGAGGGAAGCACUGUAAUUUUCUUCAUGUAUUUAGAAAUCCCAACAAUGAAUUUUGGGAAGCUAAUAGAGACAUACACAUGUCUCCUGAUUGGGCAAAUACAUCAUUUGGUAAAAGCUCAGAAAGGAGAGAUAGGACAAGUUACCAUGAAGAAUAUUACAGCAGAUCAAGAAGGAGGCGAAGUCCCAGUCCAGAUCAUUCUUAUAAAAGAAAUGGGGAAUCUGAGAGGAAGAAAAGUAAUCAUCACAGGAGUAAGAAAAAGUCCCAUAAACAUUCCUCCAAAAGUCACGAGAGGAGACGUUCACGAAGUAGAGGAAGAAAGAGGGAUCGGAGCCGAAGAAGCCGGAGCCAAAGUAGAAGCCGAAGAAGCCAAAGCAAAAGUACAUCUAGGUCUAGGAGUCGGGACAGGAAGAGGUCAACCAGCAGAGACAGAAAUACUUAAAUUGCAAAAAUACAUUUUUUUCAUACUGAGACAUGUUGAUCUCAAAAAUGUAUCUUUUAGGACUGGUGGUUACUUUUCUCAAUUUUAACCAACUUUUCAAAUCCUGUAUUAUAAAUUUCCUGUAUUAUAAAUGCAAUUCAAAAGGUAGUUUUUGUACCAAUUUAAAGUCUAAUACAACACUCGCACUUUGGGGGAAAAAAGACACCUCCCUCUCCCCAACUCUUGGGUAGACUGAAGUUGAAUCACUUUCACUGAAUAUUCAUGUUUAUAGCAGUACCAAUAACAUAAAUGUCCUAAUAGAUUGGACAAAAAGGAAAAAGGAUAAAAUUGAGAAAGGGAAACACAAAUUUUGU